AUGGGUGUCUACAACAUGAAAUCAAGCAAUGUCCUGCUUGAUGAGAACUUGGAAGCCAGAGUUUCUGAUUUCGGGAUGGCAAGGCUUAUGAGUGCAAUGGAUACACAUUUGAGUGUCAGCAUAUUAGCGGGUACUCCCGGCUAUGUUCCUCCAGAAUACUACCAGAGCUUUCGAUGUUCAACGAAGGGUGAUGUUUACAGUUACAGCGUUGUCUUGCUCGAGUUGCUAACAGGGAAAAGGUCUACAGAUUCAGCCGAUUUCAGAGAUAACAAUCUUGUGGGACGGGUGGAACAGCAUGCCAAGCUUAAAAUAAGUGAUGUCUUUGACCCAGAGCUGAUGAAAGAGGAUCCCAACCUCAAGAUAGAACUCUUACAACACUUAAAGGUAGCAUGUGCUUGCUUGGACGAUCGACAUUGGAGACAACCCACGAUGAUUCAAGUGAUGGCAAUGUUCAAGGAAAUACAAGCAGGGUCUGGACUCGACUCUCAAUCGACCAUUGUCAUCGACGACGGAGGUUUUAACACAAUCGAAAUGGUAGACAUGACCAUAAAAGAAGUCCCUGAAGAUAAAGAAGGUGGUGGGAUUGAUUUCCCAUAG